CUAUGGUUCUUAAUAACAGUUAUUUAUCCUGUUUCAUUCUACCAACUCACUCUCACUGUUCUUCAGGACAAAGAUGAAAUACAGAAACUCAGCCCAUCUCAGCAGCGAAAGCGACUGGUGGAGAUAGUGAAGAAGAUCGACACCAACUCUGAUAAAUACCUUACUCCGGAGGAAAUCACAUUGUGGAUACAGAGGGUGUACAGGAGAUAUGCGCUGGAUGAUGCUGAAGAACGCUUCCCUGAGUUUGACUCCAACAGUGAUGGUCUGGUAUCUUGGGACGAAUACAAUAUGGUCUUGCAUGGUCAUACUGUGGAAGUUGAUGUAGACGCUGUUCUUGAAGACCCAGAGGAGGAGUCUCUCAGAUUUCUCCAUGCAAAGGAAAAAAGACGUUUUGAUUUUGCCGAUAUGGAUGGCUCAGCUGGCCUGAACUUAACUGAGUUCCUUGCAUUUACUCAUCCGUCUGAGGUGGAUCACAUGGCUGACUUUGCCAUUGAAGACGUGCUUUCUGAAUAUGACUUGGAUAAAGAUGGAUUCAUCAGCUUGAGUGAAUUCAUUGGAGAUCUCAGAGCAAAUGAGCAGGAAGAGCCUUCGCAGUGGGAGGUUGAGGAAACGGUUCGCUUUAAAGAUCUCUAUGACCAGGAUAAAGAUGGUAAACUCAACAGGGAUGAACAGCUCCGCUGGGUCGCUCCCAACAGCUAUGGCUCAGCACGAGAAGAAGCUAUUCAUCUAAUCAAGGAAAUGGACCAAGAUGGUGAUGGAAGGCUCUCGGAGACGGAGAUUUUAAAAAACCAAGACACUUUCAUGAACAGUGAAGUGACUGAUUACGGCAGACAGCUUCAUGUGCCACAUGAUGAAUUGUAAUAGCUGGAAACUUUUAUAAAUAGCUCUUUUGUUGGCACAAAGAAAGACUACUUGAGUUUUUACAAAUGUAUUUUUAUUAGAUGACAUGUAAUUGGUACACUAAUAUUACACAGCCCUGCAUCUUGAUUUGCAAAAAAUAUUAGCAUAGAAAUAAUGUAAUGAUGCUGAGUUUAAAAAAAUCAAUGAAAACUUUCCAUGUAC